UUACUGGUCGUUGCAGUCAAACAGGCUUCUGGUCUUUGACCGAUCUUUGAUUUGUUUUGGUUCAGGUUCGUUUCGAAUCGAAACAGUUGGGGAGAGGGAGGAGGGGUGAAGUUUGUUUAUUAUCUAGCCACGCUAGCUGCUGCCGUGACCUAAAAGGAGGAUUUCUGCAAAAAUAUGUAUUAUAUGUAUCGGUGCAGCGCACGAGCGUCUGGGCAGUGGUGGCAGUGUUCGGUCCGUCAUUCGAGCUCUGCGUCGAGAAAGACCGGGCGUCCGCGCUGCUCCUUCCCGGUGCUGGAGCAGCCGCUGCGGCCAGUCCUCCGUCACGUGUACGAAGCCAAUCUGCUCAACAGCAACGCGUGCCACGAGAAGUUUGUGGAGUUGAGUGAGAGGGCGAGGAAGGGCGGCGGAGAGGCCGCCGUCGCCAGACACACGCUGAGAAACCAGAAGCUGCUGGUCAGAGAUCGCCUGCGCCUUCUGCUGGAUGACGACGACUUCGUGGAGCUGUCGCCGCUGGCUGGUCUGGGUCUGCCCUACGGAGACGUCCCUUCAGCCGCCGUCCUCACUGGUAUUGGCAGGAUCUGUGGUCUCUGGUGUGUGUUUUUUGCCAAUGAUGCUACUGUGAAAGGUGGCACAUCGUAUCCAAUCACAUUGAAGAAGCAACUACGAGCUCAAGAAGUAGCACUUAAAAACCGGCUUCCUUGUGUUUACCUGGUCGACUCCGGAGGAGCCUUUCUGCCGCUGCAGUCAGAGAUCUUUCCUGAUAAGAACCAUGGAGGAAGGGCAUUCUACAAUGAAGCCAUCAUGUCAGCCAUGAAGAUCUCACAGGUGUCAGUGGUGUGCGGGUCCUGUACAGCGGGUGGGGCGUACAUACCCACGAUGGCCGAGGAGGCCGUUAUGGUGCACCGGAUAGGGACGGUGUUCCUGGGUGGACCACCGCUUGUGAAGGCUGCUACAGGAGAGGAAGUGACACCAGAGGACCUGGGAGGAGCCAAGCUUCACACUGAGGUGAGCGGCUGUGUUGACCAUUUCUCCUGGGACGAGCAGGAGGCAUACGCCUGCGUCAGAAACAUCAUAUCUACGCUUAACUUUGAACUGCCCGAGGAGGACGAGGGGAGAGCAGAGGAGGAGCCGCUGUACAGUGCAGAGGAGCUUCUGGGCCUGGCGCCACAGAGUUACAACCACAGUGUGGAUGUUAAAAUGGUCAUCAGUCGGCUCACAGACGGGAGCCGCUUCCAGGAGUUUAAAGCUCGCUACGGAACCACACUCAUCACUGGCUUUGCAAAAAUACACGGCCACCUGGUGGGGAUAGUAGCCAACAACGGGGAGCUGUCGUAUCAGGCCACACUGAAAGGAAGUCACUUCAUCCAGUUAUGUGACCAGAGAGAAGUUCCACUACUCUUCCUCCAGAACACGGCGCCCGCACCCACUUCGGCGGUGUCCUUAACGCAGGCUGAGAUAAGCAGUAACCGCCUGAAUGCUCAGGGUGCGAUGAUGGCUGCAGUGGCGUGUGCCUCCGUCCCUAAAAUCACUGUUGUGAUCGGUGGUUGUCAUGGCGCUGACAGCUAUGCCAUGUGUGGGCGGGCAUUUGACCCUAACUUCCUGUUCCUGUGGCCCAACGCCAGAGUGUCAAUAACAGCUCCAGGUCACGCUGGCUCUCUGCUCAUCCCUGACAGCAAGCAGGAGGAAAAGCAGAGGAAGGAGCUGGAAGACAAGAUGAACAGGAGGUUAGAGGAGGAGAGCUCAGCUUUCUACUCCUCUGCGCGGCUGUGGGAUGAUGGAGUCAUUCUGCCUCAGGACACCAGGAAGGUUCUAGGAAAAUGCCUAAACAUCAUCAAACAGCAGCAGUAUCAGGUCUCCAGAGACAAGCUGCAAUCAGUACUGCUACGUAUGUAGACGUUCUUCUGCUCCACAGCUGCUCUGAAUGUCCGUGAGAUUAACACGCUGCUCCCCAGCAGGCUCACAACAGACCUUCAACGUUAAAAUAUGCUUAAAAUGAUCUGUUAUUGUUGUGACGUUGAGGCAGCGUUGAAAUAACGUUGUAUGUAUGUAUGUAUGUAUGUAUGUAUUGUUGACAGCAAGACACUGAAAAAUAGGUUACACAUUGAAAUACUAUUUACAUUGUAACAUAAAACGUUGACGUGCCUGCAGGGUCACGUCUAUUGCAGAAGGAAAACAUUCAGUGAUGCUUGAGUUUAUUGCAGUUUAAAUAUGAAUAAAUAGCAUUUUGCCUUAUGUAUGUUUGUAUAUGCACGGACCUCAUGAAUAAAAGCUUUUAAAUGUAUUUCACAUUCAAAACAAAAACUAACUAAAUAAUAAACACCACUGACCUCA